AUGGCUCGGAAGAUUGCGUCCUGCUGCAUUGCCGUGGCAUCAGCAGCCUUUCUUCUGAUGGCACUGCCGACCUCGUUUGUUCCUUCGCCAGGAAGGCAAGGUGCUGUUGCCGCUGCUGCUGUGGCAGCAGGCUCUGCUGCUUUGCCUGCUUGGGCAUAUGACCCGCAGAUGACCGAUGCACAGAUCUUGUUGGCACGCAUCCCGGGAGGAAAGCGCACUCAGGAGUUGGGCUUGGUCAUUCCCAUGGCUGAGGAGGACGGCUUGACCGAUGGUCAGGUUGCCGGCUUGUUCCUGAUUGCGCUGGUUGUGUUCAUCUCUGCCAUCGAUCUGGCGAAGACCAUGUACAACGGCAUCAACCCGGCCAAGUUCAAGACCAGCAAGGGCAAGGGCUACAUCUCCCCACUAGUGAAGCGUUACAUUGAGAAUGGCUACUGA